CCAGUUCUUUCAGAAAACAAAAUUACUUCAUUGGGUUGCAGCCCAUUUAUUCAAAUCCAACCUCAGAAAAUCAUGUAUAUUAUCUACUUGUUUAGGACUCUCGCAAACUCAUGACACAAUCAUUUCUGUUCAACUCUUCUUUUAUUCAUUGAUCAUCCAUAUUUCUGAAGAAGAAGAAGAAGGAGAGCAAGAAAAGGUACAGAGAGUGCCCAAUGGGGUUAGAAACAGGGUCUUCCUCGAAGGCACUGAGAGCUCCACCGCCACCCAGAGAAGACACGCCGCUUCUGGGUGAGCCACAAGCUUUGUCCUCACAAUCCAAGACCUUUGCCAAUGUUUUCAUUGCUAUUGUGGGCGCCGGAGUUUUAGGCCUCCCCUACUCCUUCAAGCGCACCGGCUGGCUCAUGAGCCUCCUCAUGCUCGCCGCCGUGGCCGGUCUUACUCACCACUGUAUGAUGCUCCUCGUCUACACUCGCCGCAAGCUCGAAUCCGUUAGUGGGUUCUCAAAGAUUAACUCUUUUGGCGAUUUGGGUUUCACGGUUUGUGGCCCGUCUGGGAAAUUCCUUGUAGAUAUUCUGAUUAUUUUGUCGCAAGCUGGUUUUUGCGUCGGUUAUCUGAUUUUCAUCGGCAAUACUAUGGCCGAUCUUAUCAAUUUCAGCCCCGGAAUUCUGGGAAUGGUGCCCAAGAGUUUUUACAUAUGGGGGUGUUUGCCGUUCCAGUUGGGAUUGAAUUCGAUAGCAACGUUGACCCAUUUAGCCCCUUUGAGUAUUUUUGCUGAUGUGGUUGAUCUUGGAGCAAUUGGGGUGGUGAUGGUUGAGGACGUUUUGGUUUUUCUAAAACAAAGGCCAGCUGUGAAGGCCUUUCGGGGUCUUUCUGUGUUCUUUUAUGGAAUAGGUGUGGCUAUUUAUUCCUUUGAGGGGGUUGGAAUGGUUUUGCCACUAGAGUCUGAGAUGAAAGAUAAGGACAAGUUUGGUAAAGUUUUGGCCUUGACCAUGGCUUUCAUUUCCUUGAUGUAUGGGGGAUUUGGAGCGUUGGGUUACUUUGCUUUUGGUGAAGAAACAAAAGAUAUGAUCACAGCUAAUUUGGGCGCAGGCUUGGUAAGCACUCUAGUUAAACUUGGCCUGUGUGUGAAUUUGUUCUUUACCUUGCCUAUUAUGAUGAACCCGGUGUAUGAGAUAGUGGAAAGGCGGUUUUGGGGUGGGACGUACUGCCUGUGGCUGAGAUGGUUGCUGGUUUUCUUUGUGAGUUUGGUGGCUUUGUUGGUCCCAAAUUUUGCUGACUUCUUGUCUUUGGUGGGGAGCGGCGUAUGCUGUGCUUUGGGCUUCGUUUUGCCUCCCCUGUUUCAUUUCCUGGUUUUUAAGGAUGAGAUGGGGUGGAAAGCAUGGUCUUUGGAUGUGGGGAUUGGGGUGUUAGGAAUUGUUCUUGGGGUUUCAGGAACUUGGUAUGCUCUGCUAGAAAUUUUCUCCGCAAAUGCAUAAUAAUGGCAAAUGAGUAUCAACUGUUAAUGGUAUGCAGUUGAUUGUGAUCCGUCUUGCCAAAGAUGGAAAGAAAUGGCAUUUUCAGUCAUAAAUUAUGAAGGUGGCUCUGUUUCUCCCAAGUUUUCUUGCUGAUCUCUGGUCCUUCCUACCACACACUAUCUUUGAUCUUGCCCGUUUGGCUUCAUUUUGCCUGUUAGGAGCAAGCAAUUACAAGGAGAUUGUUUUGGAAGUGUUGGUUCUACAUGUACUGUUGGUUUUGAGAAUCUAGGAACAAGGUCUUCUAUUUUUAGAUUAGUUUGGUGAAGUUAUUGUGAUGAUGCUGCCUGCUCUAUCCCUAGAUUUGCAUUAACAUCUUAGGGGAUUCCUUAGUUGAGAAAUUCUCCAUUUGGGAACUUUCUGGGUUGAUUAAUUUUACGUUUCUUUAAUACUACUCUUCAAACUCGUUUAUUUAA